AUGCGCCUCCCCUUCACCCUCCUCUCCCUAGCCGCUUGUGUCCUCGCCCCGAUUGCGCAAGCCAGCUCCACGACGCGCAACCCGCUCUCCGCACUCUCCGAUGUCCAAAAUGCGACGAUUCACACCCAUAACCACCGUCUGACAGCGCUAUCCCAUUUCGACCUCAGUUUUAUCCUCCGGAACGAUGUCUGGGUGAAAUUACGGCUGGAACCGAAUCACGACAUUCUGGGCGAGGACACGACGGUCACGUAUCUGAAAUCCGACGGGAGUCUGGACAGAAGGGAAGGAGUAGAUCGGUUGGGGCAUAAGGUGUACAAGGGAACGGCGUGGGUGCAGAGGCCUAGCAUUGGGCCGUCAAAAUGGCAACGGGUGGGUUGGGCGAGAGUAUUCGUGGCUCGGGAUGGCAAGGAUCCUGUCUUCGAGGGCGCGUUUUCGGUGAAUCAUGAUCACCACCAUAUCCAGACUACGACCAACUACAGACGGACGAAACAUGCGUUGGAUCCGGAGGUGGAGGAUGGCGAAGAGUAUAUGGUCCUCUGGCGGGAUUCGGAUAUCAUGCCGGAUGACUUGGAUCACCACGAAUUGCGACGGGAUAUGGAUCGAGGUAUUGGGUCUUGCUUGUCGGACCAGCUGAUGUUCAAUACCCGGCAUGACCACCCGGUCUACAUGGCGAUGACCAAGCGCGACGAGAGGUCUUAUGGCUUCAUGGAUUUCUCCAACGUCUUCAGGCGGCAAAUCGAUUCGACUACCGGGGGCAACAGUGCUGGUGGAAACCUGGUCGCUAGCAUCGGACAGUCGAAAGGAUGCCCGACUGCUCGAAAGGUCGCCUUGGUCGGUGCUGCGGCGGAUUGCAAUUACAUGUCGGAGUUCAACUCCAGCCAGGCGGCGAGAGAAAACAUCAUCAACCAAUUCAAUACCGCCUCGGCGAUUUGGGAGAACACCUUCAACAUCUCGCUUGGUCUGCAGAACCUCACCGUCAUGGACGCCAGUUGCCCUGGAACACCUGCUACUGCUACGGAAUGGAAUCAGGCUUGCUCACCUUCCGUCGAUAUUCAGGCUAGACUCAAUCUCUUUUCAGCGUGGCGCGGCAACCAACAAGACAACAACAGCCACUGGACCCUCUUGAGUACUUGCAACACCGGGUCCGCCGUGGGAUUGGCUUGGCUUGGGCAAGCAUGUGUACAGAACGCCAUCACCACCAACCAAAGUGUCACCGGAAACGGUGCAUCCACUGGCAGUGGCUCUGAGACAGUCGCAGGCGCGAAUGUCAUCAUGAGAACUGCGGGUGCCAACGAAUGGCAGAUCAUUGCGCAUGAGACCGGACACACCUACGGCGCCGUUCAUGAUUGCGAUUCUCAGACCUGCGCAGAUUCGCAGACUGUUGCCGCGCAGCAAUGCUGUCCGCUCAGUUCGAGCGCUUGCAACGCUGAUGGCCAGUACAUCAUGAACCCGUCGACCUCACAGGGCGUGAAACAAUUCAGUCCAUGCUCCGUGGGCAACAUUUGCAGUGCUCUAGAGCGCAACUCUGUCAACAGCCGGUGCUUGACGGACAAUCGUCAAGUCACUACCAUCAGUGGUCAGCAGUGCGGUAACGGCAUUGUCGAGCCUGGUGAGGAGUGCGACUGCGGUGGAGAGCAAGGAUGCGGCAAUCAGACCUGCUGCGACCCGAAAACUUGCAAGUUCACCCAAGGGGCUGUCUGCGACGACGCGAAUGAGGACUGCUGCCAUGGCUGUCAGUUCGCCUCGAAUGGCACCGUCUGUCGUGCCAGCACAGGGCAGUGCGAUCCGGAAGAGACCUGCUCCGGCACGACAGCUAUGUGUCCUCAGGAUCAAACGAAGCCGAACGGGGAGAGCUGCGGUAAUGGGUUGCAGUGUGCUUCCGGACAGUGCACGAGUCGAGACCAGCAGUGCAAGUCCGUCAUGGGAUCUUACACGCAGGGCAACGACACGUAUGCUUGCGACAGCUCUGGAUGCGCUAUCAGCUGCGCCAGCCCGGAGUUCGGUACUGGAGUCUGCUAUGGAUUGCAGCAGAAUUUCUUGGAUGGAACCGUUUGUGGUGGAGGAGGUCGCUGCCUAAACGUAAGUACUUCUAUCUUGCGUGUUCUUGGAUGAAGCACGGCACUGACAUGUCAUACAGGGACAAUGCAAAGGCUCCACCGCCGGCGGCCAGAUCAAAUCCUGGAUCGACGACCACAAGGCCAUCGUCAUCGGCAUCUGUUCCGCUAUUGGAGGGCUCCUCUUAUUCUCCCUCCUCAGCUGGCUCUUCCGCAACUGCGGACGUGGUCGUCGCGGUGCCAAACGCGUGCCAUCGCCGCCGAUGCCGCCGCCUGGUGGCUGGCAAGGAUGGAAUGGAAAUCCGCAAGGCCAGCCGUUGAUGCAACAGCAACAAGGCAACUUUUACGCGCAACAUCCCAGUCAAGGAUGGGCGGGUCAUGGCGGUGGCGGCGGCGGCGGGCAAGAUGCGUGGGCGACGCCUGCUGUCCCUCCUCCUGCGUAUCCCGUGGGAGGGAGCAGUGUGCGGUAUGCAUAG